CAUUAUAGUCGGUUGCGUAUGCUUGAGAUGUCCUUUUGCCUUCCUGGUUGGAAGGCAGUUCCCCUCUAUGCCACUUUUGAACGAUGUCCGUCUCGACGCAAUCGGAAUAUCUCCUAUCCGUUUGCAGUUGAGGAGGUUUUCUGGAGGUCUUUAUCUUGUGGAUGAAUAUACCUCGCUCUUCAAGGAUCUUCCAGAGGCUGUAGAAGCAGAGCUUUGGGUGAGACGUCCGUUAGUCUUUCAUCAAGUUCCAGCCGACGGACUAAUGUGACAUGCCCGACUCUGCUGACUGUCUCUGUACACUGACGUGCCAUGGCUGAGGUAAAUGCCAUGACGCCAACUGAGCUGGACUUGGAUAUCGAAACUUUCAUCCCAGAGCCACUGUCCGCUGGAUCCCUCCUACUUGAGAUUUCGCCACUCCAACAUUCGUCCCUGUCAUCAAUCCUGGAGAUCUGUGCGACUACAUCGACUAUGGCAUUCCUCCAAGUUGACGUGGUUGGAGCCACAGACGUAUAUGACACUCUUCUAUUUGAUGGCGUAACGUGUCUUGCUCCGCACGUUAAUGAUUUAACACUACGGGUCGACAGUUGCUCCCUGGGCUCACAGAGGGUCCUUGAGCGGUCGUUCAAAGUUUCUUUUUAUCGGGAGGCUUUUUUGAGAAUGGUCCGGUCGAGAUGGGGCUUGUUACGGGAUCGUGGUGAUGGAGCUCGGAUGAGGUCCUUGACGCUUUGUGCGCCAUCUUCUUCGAGACCAUCGGAAAUGCUGAAGACGCUUGCGGAACUCGAGGAAGAAGGCUUAGCCGUUGAGUUUUAUGGCUAUUCCUGGGUUGUCCACUUUGAACCGGAGCUGGGAACCGAGAUCUGACGAUCAGAGAUGAAGCUUUUUUUUACCCUCUCUUUUUUCUGGGGUACAAGCUGAUGCAACCGAGCCAUCAUGGAAUGGACCUGUUGGGAUCUUCCACAUUUCACAUGGUACAACAUACAGUAUGGACUACCGCUUCGAUAAAACUAAAAAGUACAGAUAUGAUCCUACAGACGAUAUAA